AUGAUGAUAAAGAGGACGACAUUGAGGACGAUGCUGGUCUUGGCCCAUCAAUGUUAUGCUCCGUCAAAAGACAAGACAACUGCCAAAGACAAUGUUCUAUCCACAUUGAUGAAGUGGGCAGAAGAAGGAUACACAGUCGUUGAGAUUACAGAGAGUGCUUUUUCUGCCAGCGCAAAGGAGGUCAUUGAUAUAGCCGUUGAGGCACUGCGGUCCUGCGACAAGUGUAAGCCUCAGGAGACGUUCGGGGUCGCAGCAUACGACCCCCAGCUCUGGAAUCGGAUUGCUCCCGCAACCAUCUUGCGUACAGACAUUGCCGGGGUUAUUGUCUACAGUGAGAUCAGGCACUACGAAAGCAUCGCGCCCACUGGCACAAUCCCAGGCAUAUACCAUCUAGCAGGGAAAGCAUCCUUCAAGCCACCACGGCCGGAAGCCCAUACGGCUUACGUCUACCCCGCUGUAACGACACAUCUAUUCGCAAGCCCCCAUCAGCCUGAGUUUCACUACUCCUCCGAGUCAGUUUCCCACACGCGAAAUCUUACUUUCUUGAAAAGGCGCAUGAACGGUCCAUAUUUUGAUCUUGAGGCCAUAUGGGAUGAGCACACGUAUUACGAGUUUGAAAAUAGAUCCUUGGAAAACACUAUGGCUCCAAUGGUCCAGGAACCAUACGUUAACCACAUUCCGACGAUGAUUGGCGGUAUUGGUCGCCUCACCUACUUUUACGCCAACCAUUUCAUAUUUGCAAACCCCGACAAUACCGAAUUGGAGCUCAUCAGUCAAACAAUUGGAAUCGAUAGAGUGGUGGAUGAGUUUAUUUACAAAUUCACCCAUGAAAAACGCGUUGAUUGGCUCCUCCCCGGAGUCCCUCCCACUGGGAAAUACGUCCAGAUUCCCAUGACGGCCGUUGUCAACAUCCGCGGAGACCGUCUGUAUCAUGAACAUAUUGCGUGGGAUCAAGGAUCCGUCCUUGUGCAGUGCAGGCUUAUGCCGGAAUAUCUCCCCUUCUCGCAACCGGGAGCAAACGGGGAGCAGAUGGAAUAUAGAGUGCCUGUAGCGGGUGUGGAGACCGCGGAGAAAAUGAGAGUGAAGGACAGCGUGGAAAGCAAUGGCAUCUGGCCAGCCAUGGCUCCCACACUCUUUUCCAUUUUCGCUCUUUCAUGCACCGCCGCAGCUACGCUCAACCUCAACAUUUCCGGUCCCAGCUGGGACUACACAGCCAACGAUCUCGCGGAUACAACCUCGUUGGUCUGCAAGAAUGCAUAUAGCGCAAGCAUCGACUGCGACGACACCCUCCUCAAAAUUGUCGCGUCUCUGGACCCCGAUUUUGACCCGCAGUCCGCAGACUUAGAGGCUAUGUGCACCACCGCGUGCAGCGACUCGCUGGCGCAGUAUGUCAAAGACGUGAAUGCUGCAUGCAAUCAGCCUGGCGAUCUGGCAAACGUCGCCAGCGGUAACAAAGGUAUUCCACAAGCGUCUGUGGCCACUGUCGGCGAAGUAUUUCAGUACAAGUACGGUGAGGCUUGUGCUAUGAAUGGCUCCGACUACUGCUUCCUGACCUAUCCCGACAGUAGCGACUGGGCCCGAAUCGGCUUCCCAUGCAACGAUACAUGCGCGGUGCAGUUCUACCAGAACGCACAUGACCAGCCCGGCUCGGCGUAUUGGUUCGACUACUUUUACCUUUCCAACCAGAGUUCAUAUUGGGAGAACACCUUUGCCGGCGGCUGGCAGACCGUGGUUCAAUGUGGCGAUGGUGGGAGCGAUGUCAGCGUCAGCUCUGCGAGUGUGAGCGCAACCGCAGCUGCGUCGGAUCGUAGUGCUCUUUCAACAGACGCAGAGGUUUCUCUUAGUGCUACAACAGCGAUAUGGACUGCUGCUGCUGCCGCAACGACGAGUGCAGAAACCACGGCCUUGACAGCGGGGUCCACGAUAGGAAGCAGUGCGAUUGCAGCAACAGCCAGUAGAGCAACGAGCGGGGCUGCGAGGCUCAUGCUGCCAUUUGUAGGUUUUUUCUGA